AGCAACCACCCUUGCCGUAAGCCCCCACAUGACCUCGGGAAGGUCACUGGACAAGAUAAUUUACAAACACUCCUUAGGUUCUGCGGCUGUGGAAGAUAAAGCCAAGGAGUGAGUGGGAGGAGAGGACCCGGCGCACUCCCUAGAGACGUGGCCUUGAAGCGAGGUGGACGGUAGGCCGGUCCUGGAGGUGGAGCGAGAGAUGAGAAUGCGUUUCCCGCCAGCAGGAGGGAGCCAAGGCCGGGAGAGCGGAGCCGACGGGGACUGCGCGGUCGGACCGCCUGCAGGGCCCAGCCUGGAGCCGGCUGGCGGCUGCGGGGAGAGCCUCCCCCAGCACGGAGGGCCAGGCUUCACACCUGAGGAGCAGCCAGACGCCCCUCCGUACACCAGGGGUGCCAUGGUGCCCCUGCGGGCCUCCGAGGUGCGGCAGCUUCUCCACAACAAGUUCGUGGUGGUCCUGGGGGACUCGGUGCAGCGGGCUGUGUACAAAGACCUGGUGCUGCUGCUGCAGAAGGACUCUCUGCUCAGCCUGCAGCAGCUCAAAGCCAAGGGGGAGCUCAGCUUUGAGCAGGACACGCUGCUGGAGGGUGGCCAGCUGGACACCCUGCACAAUGGCAUCACCUACCGAGAGGUGCGCCAGUACCUCUCUGGGCACCACCUGGUGCGCUUCUAUUUCCUCACGCGCGUCUACUCCAAGUACCUACAGUCCGUGCUGGAGCAACUGCAGGCCGGCGAGCAUGCCCCAGACCUGGUCAUCAUGAACUCCUGCCUCUGGGACCUCUCCAGGUACGGCCCCGAGUCUGGGAAGAGGUACCUGAAGAACCUGGCCAAGCUGUUUGCACACCUGGGCCGGGUGCUGCCCCCAUCCUGCCUGCUGGUGUGGAACACGGCCAUGCCUGUGGGCCACAAGAUCACUGCAAGCUUCCUCCCUCCUGAGGACCAGCCAUAUGCCGCCUCCCUACGGAUCUACCUGAUCGAGGCUAAUUUCUACUGCUUUGCCGAGGCCAGGAAGCAUGGCUUCGACUUGCUUGACCUGCACUUCCACUUCCGCCAUGCCAGUCAGCACCGGCACCAUGAUGGUGUGCACUGGAACGCGCGUGCGCACCGCUGCCUGUCAUACCUGCUGCUGGCACAUGUGGCUGAUGCCUGGGGUGUGGAGCUGCCACACCGCCCAGCAGUCAGGUGGCUCCAAGACGGCCCCACGAGAGGGCAGCGUGGACGGGGGGUCCAUAGGCGGCACCCGACCAGCAGGGACACCCUGGCCCAGCCACUGACCCCUCCCAGGCAUGCACCCCUGCUUCCAUUCUCACCCCCACCCCCACUGCUGCCUGCACCCAGUCUGAUGACUCUACAGACUUGCCCUGUGCCCCCUUACCCAAUGGUGCCCCCGUUUCCACUCUGUUCCCAGGAUUCUUACUUCACCUCAGACCAUCCUUUUCAAAUGAAUCCAUUCUGCUUCAGCCCAGACGCCUCCUCUCCGACCCAGACAGGAUUUGUACUUGAAGCCAACUUGACGUUUGAUGGUCAGCCCCCUGUACCCUCUGUCCCAUCACCAUAUGUCCAGUGCCAGGCUCCUGUGGUCCAUAGGGGUUUUCCCCGGAACCAUCCCUAUGGCCCCUACAAGCCCUGGAGAGGGCGGCCUAGGCACCCCAACAGGCGUACCCCGACUUCCCAGAGCCCAAAUACAGGAAGAGCAACGUCGACUUGACUCCCAUUCAUGGCCA